UUAAGAAUAUAUAAUGUAAUAGUGCUGCUGUAUUUCAACUUAAGACGAGAAUGAUAAUUUUUCCUCAGGCUUGAGUUGGUAUUUCGUUAAACCUUACCUUAAUUAGUGAAAGUAUUCAAGACGAAUAAGAACAUUAAAUAAAAAAGUAGUCAAAGACAAAAAAUAAGACAUCUUUUAUAGUAAAGGUCAAAACUGAGGUAUUUAAAAUAUUUUAUUUGUUAAUAGAUAUGUAAAUAUUGGUCAAUUGAAGGUUAUUGCCCAUAUGGAAAAUAGGUAUAAAAUAUAAAUAAAUCAGUGCGCAUUCGCUCAUGGUAAACAUGAAAUAAGGCAAAAAGUGCAUGUUCCUCAUAAUUACAAAACCUAGAUUUGUAAGAAUUAUACAAAAGAUGGGUAUUCAUUAAAUAAUUAAUAUUAGAUAUUGUUGUUAUGGAGAAAGGUGUUAAUUUAAGCAUCCAGAAAAAAAAGGUAAUAAACUUCCACCUCUUACUUACUAAAGUCUUCUUAACAACCUAGAGAAUCUCUUUUAAAAACAAAGGUAUAAUAUAUAUUAUAUUAAUAGUCUUAUUAAAAAUUCAAAAAGAAGUAAGGGUUUACCUUAUAAAUUGUGA